CGGCGCGGCUAUUAAGCGGCGCGCGGCAGCCGCUCGCAGCCCGAGCUGGUGCUUCGCCCCGGACCCAGCGCCCAGGCGUGCCGCCCCGAGAGCAGCCGCGCGAAGGCCUCCGCGCCCGCCCGCCCGCCGCCAGCCCCGCGCCUCCGUCGGCCUGCCCGCCAGUCCGCCCGUCGCCCGAGCCCGCGCGCCCCGCCGCAGCCCCGCCAGCGAGCGCCAUGAACCAGAUCGAGCCCGGCGUGCAGUACAACUACGUGUACGACGAGGAUGAGUACAUGAUCCAGGAGGAGGAGUGGGACCGCGACCUGCUCCUGGACCCGGCCUGGGAGAAGCAGCAGAGGAAGACCUUCACUGCCUGGUGUAAUUCCCACCUAAGGAAAGCUGGCACCCAGAUUGAGAACAUCGAGGAAGACUUCAGGAAUGGCCUUAAACUCAUGCUGCUUUUGGAAGUCAUCUCAGGGGAAAGGCUGCCCAAACCUGACCGAGGAAAAAUGCGGUUCCAUAAAAUUGCUAAUGUCAACAAAGCUUUGGAUUACAUAGCCAGCAAAGGGGUGAAACUGGUGUCCAUCGGGGCGGAAGAAAUUGUCGAUGGCAAUGUGAAAAUGACCCUGGGUAUGAUCUGGACCAUCAUCCUUCGCUUUGCUAUUCAGGAUAUUUCAGUUGAAGAAACAUCUGCCAAGGAAGGUCUGCUGCUUUGGUGUCAGAGGAAAACCGCUCCUUAUAGAAAUGUGAACAUUCAGAACUUCCACACGAGCUGGAAAGAUGGCCUUGGACUCUGUGCCCUCAUCCACAGACACCGGCCCGACCUCAUUGACUACUCAAAGCUUAACAAGGAUGACCCCAUAGGAAAUAUUAACCUGGCCAUGGAAAUCGCAGAGAAGCACCUGGAUAUUCCUAAAAUGUUGGAUGCUGAAGAUUUAGUAUACACUGCCAGACCCGAUGAAAGAGUCCUAAUGACUUAUGUCUCCUGUUACUAUCAUGCUUUUGCUGGUGCACAGAAGGCCGAGACAGCAGCUAACAGGAUAUGUAAGGUUCUUGCUGUGAAUCAAGAGAAUGAGAGGCUGAUGGAAGAAUAUGAGAGGCUAGCAAGUGAGCUUUUGGAAUGGAUCCGCCGCACGAUCCCCUGGCUUGAGAACCGGACUCCUGAGAAGACCAUGCAAGCCAUGCAGAAGAAGCUGGAGGACUUCCGGGAUUACCGCCGGAAGCACAAGCCCCCCAAGGUGCAGGAGAAGUGCCAGCUAGAGAUCAACUUCAACACGCUGCAGACCAAGCUGCGGAUCAGCAACCGGCCCGCCUUCAUGCCCUCAGAGGGCAAGAUGGUCUCGGACAUUGCUGGUGCCUGGCAGAGGCUGGAGCAGGCGGAGAAGGGUUACGAGGAAUGGUUACUCAAUGAGAUCCGGAGACUGGAGCGCUUGGAGCACCUUGCUGAGAAGUUUAGGCAGAAAGCCUCCACGCACGAGACCUGGGCUUACGGCAAGGAGCAGAUCCUGCUGCAGAAGGACUACGAGUCGGCGUCGCUGACCGAGCUGCGGGCGCUGCUGCGCAAGCACGAGGCGUUCGAGAGCGACCUGGCGGCGCACCAGGACCGCGUGGAGCAGAUCGCCGCCAUCGCGCAGGAGCUCAAUGAACUGGACUAUCAUGACGCUGUGAAUGUCAAUGAUCGGUGCCAGAAAAUCUGUGACCAGUGGGACAGAUUGGGAACGCUUACUCAGAAGAGGAGAGAAGCCCUAGAGAGAACUGAGAAAUUGCUAGAAACCAUCGAUCAGCUUCACCUGGAGUUUGCCAAGAGAGCAGCUCCUUUCAACAAUUGGAUGGAGGGUGCCAUGGAGGAUCUGCAAGACAUGUUUAUUGUCCAUAGCAUUGAGGAGAUCCAGAGUUUGAUCACGGCCCACGAGCAGUUCAAGGCCACAUUGCCCGAGGCGGACGGGGAGCGGCAGUCUAUCCUGGCCAUCCAGAACGAGGUGGAGAAGGUGAUUCAGAGCUACAACAUCAGAAUCAGCUCGAGCAACCCGUACAGCACUGUCACCAUGGAUGAGAUCCGGACCAAGUGGGACAAGGUGAAGCAGCUGGUGCCCAUCCGCGAUCAGUCCCUGCAGGAGGAGCUGGCUCGCCAGCACGCUAACGAGCGUCUGAGGCGCCAGUUUGCGGCACAGGCCAAUGCCAUCGGGCCGUGGAUCCAGAACAAGAUGGAGGAGAUUGCCCGGAGCUCCAUCCAGAUCACAGGAGCCCUGGAAGACCAGAUGAACCAGCUGAAGCAGUACGAGCACAACAUCAUCAACUACAAGAACAACAUCGACAAGCUGGAGGGAGACCACCAGCUCAUCCAGGAGGCCCUCGUCUUCGACAACAAGCACACGAAUUACACCAUGGAGCACAUUCGCGUCGGGUGGGAACUGCUGCUGACGACCAUCGCCAGGACGAUCAACGAGGUGGAGACCCAGAUCCUGAUGAGGGAUGCGAAGGGCAUCACCCAGGAGCAGAUGAACGAGUUCAGAGCCUCCUUCAACCACUUCGACAGGAGGAAGAAUGGGCUGAUGGAUCAUGAGGAUUUCAGAGCCUGCCUGAUCUCCAUGGGCUAUGAUUUGGGUGAAGCCGAAUUUGCCCGUAUUAUGACCCUGGUUGAUCCCAAUGGACAAGGCACGGUCACCUUCCAGUCCUUCAUUGACUUCAUGACUAGAGAGACCGGCGACACUGACACCGCGGAGCAGGUCAUCGCCUCCUUCCGAAUCCUGGCUUCUGAUAAGCCAUAUAUCCUGGCAGAGGAGCUGCGUCGGGAGCUGCCUCCGGACCAGGCCCAGUACUGCAUCAAGAGGAUGCCCACCUACACAGGCCCGGGCAGCGUGCCUGGCGCCCUGGAUUACACCGCAUUCUCUUCUGCGCUCUAUGGGGAGAGCGAUCUGUGAUGCCGAGGUUCUGUAAUCAUUGAUGCCAUCAGAACGCAAUAAAAGCUCAAGUCACAGUUUGUUUCCUGGAAACUUUGACAAGCUUUAUUAAGUUAGAGAGGGGGAAAAAAAGGAAUUUUGUAGCUCAAUAACUGCUAGCAGUGUAACACAGCUGAAAUGAAGUUCCUAUAGUAUGUGACAAAGUAUGCUUCCUAAAUAGGUUUAUUUCUGAAUUUUUAGCUAAAUGUAAUGAAAUACUAGGUUGGUUUGUUUCUUUGAUUAAACAAAGCAAAUUACUUGAGUAGUGAGUAGUGUAAAAUUAGGAAAAUCUAGGGACAGAAGGAAAGUGAAAGAAAUGUGAAAAUCCAAAAUACCUAAGAGACAAGACCAGGCAAAAAAAAUCCACAAAUUGGUGUAAAAAAAAAAAAAAAAGUUUGAUAUUUAAAAAAAAAAUUAUUUUCAGCUCUGUUAUGCUUAGGUGAUUAUCCCUAGGAGACUAGGGGAAUGUACUUGGGAUUCUAGUGUUUUAUUUUCUUGCUUUUCCAAAGAUUAGCUCAACUUAAGUAGUACUAUCAUAUCUUCAGUUGAAUUUAAUAUUGUGAGAUGGAACUGCCAGGGAUUACAAACAGACUACCCAAAAGAUCUUUAGUACUUACAAUUUUUAAAAUAGAGUUUAUAGUCACUUCUUCUUUAUUUAGGACUUGAUAGUCCAAUUAGUGAUUUUGAUGCCUUAAUUAUCCUCCAGAGUAGGGACCUGAGGACACAUGGAAGUGAGUUCAAUUGCCAAAGAGAAAGAUGGAGUCACUACAUAAAAUGAGUUUUUUUAGGAUUAUUUAUUAAUUCCAGGUUCUCAUGCUUUUUUAUUUAAAGCUUGUUAGUACAGGUUCUCAAGAGAUGACUGGCCACAUAUAAGGGCUCUGUUUUUAAAUAAACAGGUUUCUAUAGUAGUCGUUCAUAACUAGAGACAAGUCAGAAACCAGUAUCCGUCUAGCUCUCCAGGCAGGACUUCUGUAUGCCUUUGGUUUUAUGACCUGUUAAGGAGAAGCCAGAGUUAAUAGGAAAGGACUAAUCCUCAACAACAGCGGAGGUAAGUUCUUUCACUGCAGAACCUUCAUAUUAUCUUCUGUGUAGUAGAAAUUAGUAGAUAUUUUAGCUAGUGUCCAGUGCGUGUUCACCCCUGGGAUUGGAGAGUGUAUCCUGACAAGUCCCGAGUCAAGCUCUGUGUCCGAGCCCUGCUCCGUGACAGGACGCUACGUGUACUCCUGUUACCACGCCUAGAUCUGCUGAGUGUUCAUUCAUUUUUUUCUUGUGCUGCCAUGUACUAUAUAUAACUCCCCCCUCCGUUUUUCCAUCUUGUUGAGAGCUUGUAGAGAACAAAGCAGGAAUUCUUUUUAUAUCUGAGUCCUUCAUGAUCAGGAAAUGGCUUAUAAACAAACAGGAAUAGUUGCAAACAGCAAUUACAGUAUUCCUAGAGAAGCAGUGAUGUGCCUGUUACCUACAGUCUGUAGCCUCAGGUUUUUAUAGAUUUCUACCAAGAGCUGGAAAUGUGGUAUUUCCAUUCGUAACUGUCUGGUAGCUUGAUACUUUUCCUACACCGACUGAUUUAGAACCUUCAACUUCUAUAAAUUUCACCUAAUUUGCUCCAUUAUUAAGUAGCUGGUAGUUUCCGGAUUCCUGAAAUAUUUGAAUCCUUGAGCUUAAUGCCAAACACUUUUGGGGUGGUGUUUAGAUGAUCUCUGACUCUUUAUUCUAUUUUCAAGCAGGUGCUAUAUUCCAGCCAUAAACACUAAGGGAAAGCCAGGAAGUUGUUCUUCCUUUGAGGAUACCAGGGGAUUUGUGGUGUUUUAGGGUGGGUAUGGUUAACUCAUCUAUCUAAAUUUUUUCAUUUUUUUUUUUUUUACAACAUUCAGCAAGAGAAUGGAUCAGUACUAUCUGCUAAUAAAUGAAGAAAGGAAAUAAACUCUUAAAAACAAACAUAUUUAUAUUCUCAUUUUAGGAGUUAUUUUUAUUUCUGAAGCUGAAUGAUCAAUUAAACUUAAUUUGUAAAAGAAAAAAGAAUCCCUGUUUUUAUUAUUUCGAAGAAUAACCAGUUGCUUUGGUUAAUCACAAAUAAAUUUCCUCACUUAAAAGUUUCCAUCAUAAUUGAAAACAUUCGUUUCGGUUAGUAUUUGCCUUCCUUAAAGACUUAGAACUAGCUUGUUCAGUAAUAGAGUGAAUUUAGGAUGGGGAAUUGAGGUUGAACCACUUAGAAGUGAGCGAUCAAUGGACUAUGAAGGAAUUUUUAACCAGGAGAUCACUUCAGAAUCCCCAGUAGAUGUUUUUUAAAAUGUAUGAAUACCGGGCCCUAAUCUUAGACUUCAAGUUGUGAAGGUCAAGACCUGAACAUCUGUAUUUUUUAAAAACUCUGUGGGGAUUUUAAUGACCUCUGGAUUAGAGAUAAAGGGAAGGUCAUCAGUAAUCAAAAAGUCUAAAGCAAUUAGAGAAGCCCUUGAUAGAAAGGUUAAUAGUUGGGCAAUAUGAGUGGCCAGGCAAACUCUUGAACCAUCUGGUUGGUAAUUUUGAAAUGUUUGACAUAGCUGAGUUUUAGAUUGGAACAUUGGCUUGGUAUUCUUUUCUGCUGUAUUCCUGAUUCAUCUCUGUUCAUGAACCAGAGCUCUUAAUGAUACAAAGUCAGAAACUUGCAUUUUAAGAAGUUUCU